AUGCUGCCGCUUUUCGUAACAAAUAGCUCCCCCGAUGCCCUGGAGCCGAUAAAUGCGCUGCCCGGAGUGAGUCGCUAUGGAAUCAACAACCUCAUUCCCUUCCUUUCCCAACAAGUCGCCAAAGGUCUUCGCUCAGUUAUCAUUUUUGGCGUAGAUGUCAAAUCGACUAAAGAUGCUGUCGGAUCUAGCGCAGAUUGCGAGACGGGCCCUACCAUUGAAGCUAUUAAAUUGAUCAAGUCAAAAUAUCCACAGCUGUGGGUCGCGGCUGACGUUUGUAUUUGUCCCUUCUCCGAAACCGGGCACUGUGGGAUUUUCGAAGAUGAUCACAUGAACAACCAAAAGUCCAUCGAUAGACUGGCCGAGAUCGCAGGCAAUUAUGGACUCGCGGGUGCUGACUGUGUGGCUCCUUCGGAUAUGAUGGAUGGAAGGAUAGGAGCGAUCAAAAACAGACUUCGGGAACUCAAGCUUGGCUCACGAGUUGCCGUGAUGUCCUACUCGGCUAAAUUUUGUUCUGUUACGGGUUAA